GUGUGACCUACUAACCCGUCCUCCACACACGUGUGUCUUUUUAGGUCAAGGUUACUGGGAUUGCACUUCAAGCUCGCCAUCUUACAACUUGCUAGGCUACUUAUUGUAAAGCAUCAUGAGUCUGUCCAAAGUUCUCCCUGAAGACUAUGGUCUGGUGGUCAUGACAGGGGCAGGAAGCAUCUUUGUUAAUAUGUGGCACGCUAUGAAUGUGGCAAAUGCCCGUAAGAAGUUUGAGGUUCCCUAUCCUCUAACAUACAGUUCUGUCAACAAUGGAGAGAACCAGUUCAACUGCAUCCAAAGGUCUCACCAAAACUUUCUUGAAAAUUAUCCUCCAUUUUUAAUGCUCCUUUUCCUUGGUGGACUGCAGUAUCCAAAAAUCAGUGCUGGCAUGGGUACCGUGUACUUGGUGGGUCGUAUAGUGUAUGCACUUGGUUAUAAUACUGGAGAUCCCGACAAGCGCAAACGUGGUGGAUUCCUCCACAUUGCAGAGAUGGUCAUGCUUGGUAGCACAAUUAUGCUGGGGUAUAACUUAAUCAAAGACCAUGGGAUGUUUUGGAAACGUUAGUUAUGUAAGUAACCACU